AUGGCGGCCACGGCGGGCAGGGCGCUGCCGCUCCUCCUGCGCCGCGCCGCGCUCCCCGCCGCCGCCGGCCGCUUCCCGGCGCUGGGGCGGCGCCGGCAGCCGCAGCGACACCGGCCGGUGCCUCCGAGGCUUUCUCCUUGGCAGAGCCUGCGCGUGGUCUACUGCAGCACGGUGGUGCCCUCUGACGAGGUGACGGUGGUUUAUCAGAACGGGCUGCCUGUCAUUUCCGUGAGCCUUCCCUCCCGGCGGGAGCGCUGCCAGUUCACCCUGAAGCCCAUCUCGGACUCGGUCGGCGUCUUCCUGCAGCAGCUGCAGGCGGAGGACCGGGGCAUCGAUCGCGUUGCCAUCUACUCGGCAGAUGGCACCCGUGUCGCCUCCUCCACGGGCAUAGACCUGCUUCUGCUGGAUGACUUCAAACUGAUCAUCAAUGAUGUCACAUAUCUCGUUAGACCACCAAAGAGAGAGCUCUUAAGCCAUGAAGAUGCAACCACGCUGAAUGAUGUCAAGACGUUGGUUCAGCAGUUGUACACGGCCCUGUGCAUCGAGGAGCACCAGCUGAACAAGGAGAAGGAGCUAAUAGGGAGGCUAGAGGAACUGAAGGAGCAACUAGCACCAUUAGAAAAAGUCAGGAUGGAGCUGAGCAGGAAAGCAGAGAAGAGGACGACCUUGGUUUUAUGGGGAGGGCUGGCCUACAUGGCCACUCAGUUCGGGAUCCUCGCCCGCCUCACGUGGUGGGAAUAUUCUUGGGACAUUAUGGAACCAGUCACCUAUUUCAUCACCUAUGGUAGUGCCAUGGCAAUGUAUGCUUAUUUCGUAAUGACUCGCCAGGAGUAUGCUUAUCCAGAUGCCAGAGACAGACAGUACUUAUUAUUUUUCCAUAAAGGAGCCAAAAAGACACGAUUUGAUCUAGAGAAAUACAAUCAACUCAAGAAUGCAAUUGCUCAGGCAGAAUUGGACCUUAAGAGGCUUCGAGACCCGCUGCAGGUUCACCUGCCCAUCCAGCAAAUUGAUGAAAAGGACUGAUCAGCCAAGAAGCUCUGAACCCCGGCAAAAAACCUGUUCAUAGCUCUUGCCUUUUUAAUUAAAGCGUUGCAGGUGGAAGCUGGGAGGUGGCGUGGGGGUGGAGGGUUUUUACCUUUAAUCAAGACAAAGGACUGUAAAGGGAGGGAAAUUCCUUUAAAUCCGAAGCUGGGACAUUGUGGAAUGCUAGUUCUGAAAAGGGCUUGGCAGAAAAAAAGUCGUGUUUUAAAACUGUCUGGAUGACAAUUGUGUACAAAUACAGGAUUGGGGCGGGGGGGUCAUGGAAGGAAUGUAAUGCUGGGGUAGGGGUGUCGUCUUCUUCCAGCUUUGCAGGGUCUGCCUCUUGAUAAGACACCAGCAGCCUGCUUAGCUUUUUAAAUUUUCCUUUACCUGAUUCAGAUCUCUUCUCUUUCUCUCUCCAAAAAAAAAAAAAAAAAGAAAAAGACAAAAAAGAAAAGGAAAACACAGAAUUCCAGCCACCUGGAGCCAUGGCCGGUGAUCAGAACUUGCGCUCCCUCACCAUUAACUCACACACUUCUGAUCAGACCUGGUCUCUUUUAUAAAGUUGCUGCGAGGCUGCUUUCUACUGGAAAACCGUGAGCUUCCCCUCCCCAGCCCACCCUCUGUGCUCCACUGACUUCCUCCUUUGCUUAUCUGUAGCACACGAUUGAUUGUAGCCAUGUGAGAGAAGGAACCAGUUUUGUUCCGGACGUUUGAAAAUUGAUAUUUGGGAUUAUUCCUUAAAUGUAGAAACUUUGAGUCCCAGUGCUCUUGAGCUCCUUCUAGAAAUCAAUGGCAGCAUUGCAUGAGAGUUUUUAUAUUCAGUCUUAAGGGAGGGAGAUUCCCUCUUCCCUCCCCAAAUCUGAUAGCCACCUGGACUAUGAAAUUAUGAAGGCUUAAGGAUUAUGGAACUGGCUCAGAAUCAUGACUUCUGCUUAACCAAACAGGUUUGGAACAUGGAAUAACUAUCCUUGAUAUUUGACUGCUCGYGUAACAGGAUGAAGUCUGCCUCGCGCUCUGAAUGUUUUCCUGUUCUGAGCCUUUGGGAAAGCCCGAGGCCUCCUUUGGUGCAAAACAGCACGAUUUCGGUUCACUAGCACUUUCCCCUCCCCACGUAGCUUUAGGUGAACUCUGCACCCACAGGUCAGGAUUUCUUAGGGAUAACACCCCUUGUUCUUAGCCAAAAGAAAUAGAGGAAGGGAAGUCACCCCGUUGCCCUCUCUGCUAGCAGAGACGGGCUGAUUCCUAAGCAGAUAAAACACCUCUUGAUUGGAAGUGGGUCAGGCUCCUUUUUUUUAGCAUCCUGCUGCUAUAAAUGCUGUGGAGGCGCAGGC